AUGUCUUGCUCCGUUGUGGUUUCAAAUUCUAAUGUCUUCUCUCUCCCCUCUCCUUGCCAUUUCUCUCUCUCCUCUCCUGUUUUGAAGAGAAAGAGGCCGGCUAAGCUUCAUAUACCUGUUGCUUCUCAAACUAUUGAAGUCCCACCGACUGUAAAGACUCCGGCACCAGAAAAGGAUGCCGUUGAGGUGGAGGGAAAUGGAUUUUCCGUGUAUUGUAAGAGAGGAAGUAGGAAACGUAUGGAGGAUCGUUAUUCUGCUUCUUCUGAUGACCUUCAUGAAGAAACAAAACAGGCUUUUUUUGGCAUAUUUGAUGGGCAUGGAGGUGCAAAAGCUUCGGAAUUCGCAGCAGAUAACAUGGAGAAGAAUGUGUUAGAAGAAAUAAUGAGAAGAGGUGAGAGUGAUAUUGAAGGUGCUGUGAAACAUGGCUAUCUCAAAGCUGAUUCAGAUUUCUUAAAAGAGGAUCUUCACGGUGGUUCUUGCUGUGUAACAGCAUUGAUAAGGAACGGUAAUCUUAUCGUGUCCAACGCGGGCGAUUGUCGUGCUGUUAUCAGUCAGGGAGGUGUUGCUGAGGCCUUAACAUCUGAUCACAAACCUUCAAGAAAAGAUGAAAAGGAAAGGAUUGAGACUCAGGGUGGCUAUGUUGAUAUGUGCCGGGGCGUGUGGAGAAUACAAGGAUCUCUUGCUGUUUCCAGGAGCAUUGGAGAUAGACACAUGAAACAAUGGGUUAUAGCAGAACCUGAGACCAAAGUUCUCAGAAUUGAACCUCAUCAUGACUUGUUAAUCCUAGCUUCAGAUGGAUUAUGGGACAAGGUUAGUAAUCAGGAAGCAGUAGAUAUGGCUCGUCCUUUCUGUGCAGGGAACAAUAAACAAGGACCCCUUCAAGCUUGUAAGAAACUUGUCGAAUUAUCAGCGUCACGAGGCUCUAUCGAUGAUACAAGUGUUAUGAUCAUCAAAUUACAGAAAUAUAUUUGA